AUGGCUGAGCACAUGCUUAUUAUGGGUGUGACGCGCCCAGAUGGAAAGGAGCAUUUCAUCGCUGCCGCAUUCCCAUCGGCUUGUGGUAAGACGAACUUGGCCAUGUUGGAGCCCGCUCUGCCAGGAUGGAAGGUCAGAUGUGUUGGUGACGAUAUCGCCUGGAUGAAGUUCGGUGAGGAUGGUCGUCUCUACGCAAUCAACCCUGAAUCAGGAUUCUUCGGAGUAGCACCAGGAACAUCCAAGAAGACGAACCCCAUGGCAGUGGCCACAUUCCAGAAGAACUCAAUCUUCACGAAUGUCGGUGAGACGGCUGAUGGCGAGUACUUCUGGGAAGGACUUGAGGAUGAAAUCAAGGACAAGAACGUCGAAAUGAUCAACUGGCUCGGUGAGAAAUGGAAGAUCGGAGAUCCAGGAGUAUGUGCCCAUCCAAACUCCCGAUUUGCCGCUCCAGCCUCUCAAUGCCCGAUCAUUCACCCCGACUGGGAAAGCCCUAAGGGAGUUCCGAUCGAUGCUAUUAUUUUCGGUGGUCGUCGUCCAGCUGGUGUUCCAUUGGUGUUUGAGACCAGGUCGUGGUUGCACGGUAUUUUCACGGGAGCGUGUCUGAAGUCAGAAGCCACUGCUGCCGCCGAGCACAAAGGCAAGACUGUUAUGCACGAUCCGAUGGCAAUGCGUCCGUUCAUGGGUUACAACUUUGGUGAAUACCUCCAACACUGGAUUGAUCUGAACAAGCCCGGAAGAAAGGUACCAAAGAUCUACCAUGUGAACUGGUUCCGUAGAGAUGCUGACAACAAAUUCCUCUGGCCGGGCUAUGGUGACAAUAUCCGUGUUAUCGAUUGGAUUGUUCGCCGACUUGACGGUGAGCAGGACAUCGGUGUCGAUACUCCUAUCGGAGUUGUGCCUAAGAAGGUGAGCUACUAG